CCAUUUUGCUGCGGGCCCGCGUGGUCGCAGUCCGCGGAGCAUUGUCUAGUUUUACAGUUAAACGUGGGGGAAAAACAAAAUUGGCUUUUCCCAGAGAAAUAGUAACCUUGCCGAAAACACCUGCUUGCCGGGGACAGAGGAUGUGAUGGAGCUGCUUGAAGAAGAUCUCACGUGCCCCAUUUGCUGCAGUUUGUUUGAUGAUCCCCGAGUUUUGCCCUGCUCACACAACUUCUGCAAGAAAUGUUUAGAAGGGCUUCUAGAGGGGAACGUGCGGAAUUCAUUGUGGAGACCAUCUCCGUUCAAGUGUCCUACCUGCCGGAAGGAGACUUCAGCAACUGGGGUCAAUAGUCUGCAGGUUAAUUACUCCCUCAAGGGUAUUGUGGAGAAAUACAACAAAAUCAAGAUUUCUCCAAAAAUGCCAGUGUGCAAAGGACACUUGGGACAGCCUCUCAACAUUUUCUGUGUAACUGAUAUGCAGCUCAUUUGUGGCAUCUGUGCUACCUGUGGUGACCACACUAAGCAUGUCUUCUCUUCUAUUGAAGAUGCCUAUGCUCAAGAAAGGAACGCCUUUGAGUCCCUCUUUCAGAGUUUUGAGACUUGGCGCCGGGGAGAUGCUCUUUCCCGCUUGGAUACUUUGGAAACAAACAAAAGGAAAUCCUUACAGUUACUCACUAAAGAUUCUGAUAAAGUAAAGGAGUUUUUUGAGAAGUUACAACACACAUUGGAUCAAAAGAAGAAUGAAAUCCUGUCUGACUUUGAGACUAUGAAACUUGCAGUUAUGCAAGCCUAUGAUCCAGAGAUCAACAAACUCAGCACUAUUUUGCAGGAGCAGCGGAUGGCCUUUAACAUCGCCGAGGCUUUCAAGGAUGUGUCAGAACCUAUUAUAUUUUUGCAACAGAUGCAGGAGUUCAGGGAGAAAAUCAAAGUAAUCAAGGAAACACCUUUGCCACCCUCCAAUUUGCCCACAAGCCCUUUAAUGAAGAACUUUGAUACCAGCCAGUGGGAGAACAUUAAACUAGUCGACGUGGAUAAGCUUUCUUUGCCUCAAGACACCGGCGUGUUCGUUAGCAAGAUUCCCUGGCGCUCUUACCAGCUGUUGAUGGUGGUGGUUCUGCUGGGUCUCCUCGUAUUCUUUGGUCCGACCGUAUUCCUGGAGUGGUCUCCAUUUGAUGAGUUGGCAGCUUGGAAAGACUACCUUUCAAGUGUCAGCUCUUACCUGACUAAGUCAGCUGACUUUGUACAACAGUCUGUUUUUUUCUGGGAACAGAUGACGGAUGGGUUUUUCAUUUUUAGUGAAAGAGUCAGAAGUUUUGGUUUGGUGGCACUGAACACUGUGGCAGAAUUUGUGUGCAGAUACAAACUGCUGUAAAU